AUUCCCAGCUCCGAAUCCGACGCGCGCACUCGCCCACCCAACCCAUCCAUCCCAAGCGCGGGCGCCGGCGAGGUGGGCAGCAGCAUCCGCGAUGGCGACCAUCACCACGCAGCUCCGGUCGGCGCUGCUGUCGCCGGCGGCGUCGCCGAGGCGCCGGGGCAGGCGCGCGCCGUCCUCCGUGCGCUGCGACUCCUCGGCGGCGUCGUCGUCGUCGGCGGCCCAGUCGCUCGACGCCGAGUUCGACAAGAAGGCCUUCCGCCACAACCUCACCCGCAGCGACAACUACAACCGCAAGGGGUUCGGCCACAAGAAGGAGACGCUCGAGCUCAUGAGCCAGGAGUACACCAGCGACGUGAUCAAGACGCUCAAGGAGAACGGCAACCAGUACUCGUGGGGCCCCGUCACGGUGAAGCUGGCGGAGGCGUACGGCUUCUGCUGGGGCGUCGAGCGCGCCGUGCAGAUCGCCUACGAGGCGCGCAAGCAGUUCCCCGACGACCGCAUCUGGCUCACCAACGAGAUCAUCCACAACCCCACCGUUAACAAGAGGUUGGAGGACAUGGGCGUCCAGAACAUUCCUGUCGAUGCAGGUAUCAAGGAUUUUGAUGUUGUUGAGCAAGGGGACGUCGUCGUAUUGCCUGCAUUCGGAGCUGCUGUGGAGGAGAUGUACACACUGAAUGAGAAGAAGGUGCAGAUAGUCGACACAACAUGCCCCUGGGUCUCAAAGGUGUGGAAUAUGGUUGAAAAGCACAAGAAGGGUGACUACACUUCUAUUAUUCAUGGAAAAUACUCCCACGAAGAGACCGUUGCUACUGCUUCUUUUGCGGGGACAUACAUCAUUGUGAAGAACAUAGCAGAGGCUAACUAUGUAUGUGAUUAUGUACUUGGUGGGAGACUUGAUGGUUCUAGCUCCACAAAAGAGGAGUUCCUUGAGAAAUUCAAAAACGCUGUUUCUCCAGGAUUUGAUCCUGAUGUUGACUUAGUGAAAGUUGGUAUCGCCAAUCAAACAACAAUGCUUAAAGGAGAAACUGAAGAAAUUGGGAAGCUUGUUGAGAAGACUAUGAUGCGCAAGUAUGGAGUUGAGAAUGUCAAUGAGCACUUCAUUGCCUUCAACACUAUCUGUGAUGCCACACAGGAAAGACAAGAUGCAAUGUACCAGCUAGUGAAGGAGAAAGUUGAUCUUAUUCUGGUUAUUGGAGGAUGGAACUCCAGUAACACCUCUCAUUUGCAAGAAAUUGGAGAACUCAGUGGAAUUCCAUCUUACUGGAUUGACAGUGAACAAAGGAUUGGACCUGGAAACAAGAUCAGCUACAAGUUAAAUCAUGGUGAGCUUGUCGAGAAGGAAAACUGGUUACCAGAAGGGCCCAUCACAAUCGGAGUUACUUCUGGUGCCUCUACUCCGGACAAGGUUGUUGAGGAUGCGCUACAGAAGGUGUUUGAGAUCAAGCGCCAGGAAGUUUUGCAGGCCGCGUAAAUUUUCAGCAGAUUUGGUCAGGUUAGCUGAUGGCUUGGCGAAGGUUAAUAGAACCAUUGCACAAGCAAUGUAUGUACAGUAGUGAAGAAUGCUACGUGCCUUAGGAGCGCCAUACUAUCGCAAUGUUCUGAGAUUUGCAUAGUUUUAUGGGGGGCAAAUGUUGUAAUCAACUGUCACACGAAGAACUGUUGUAUCGGCUGUAAUAACUUUCUGACCCCAAAAUAACGCUGCAUUAGUAUUUUCUGCAGUAUAAAUAUCACUCAGUUGUUA